UUUUUCAGUGAAUCAUAAUCUGUUCAUUCUUAACUACAGUCAACAUAACAUUAUUGGCUUUGGUUUCCUGUAGUAGAUCUAGCAUUUUAAUGGACUUAAUUAUAAAAUAAUCAGUGGGGUUAUUAGCCUAGGGCAGUCAGGGGAAGUUCCAACUGGUAAGCAAAACCACUUACUUACAAUGAACAUUUUUAUUUAACAGUUGCCCAACCUGAACUAAGAUCAAGUGAUCAACCAGCAAGCAAACACUGGUGUUGCUGCAUUCUUUGGUCCAAAUUUGGCUCUCAAGUUACCUGUCAGGUUUUUUUUAAGAUUCUUCAUCUGACACACUUCACUUCUGCAACCAGCUGAGUGCACAAGUUGUCUGAACUAAGUCAAGUGAGAUCAACUAAGAACUGAGAUCAAGUGAUCAAGGACCAUUAAAAACAAACACUAGUGUCCCUCUGCAUUCUUUGAGCCAAUCUUGUGCUCUUAAGUUACCUGUCUGGUCUUUAAGCUGACUGCUGCACAAGAAGUUUCAUCAUUAAUAAUGACAUCACAAGAAAAAUCAAGCCUCCAUUUUGUCUCCUGGAAUACAAAUGGUAUUAAAAAUACCAGUAAGUCACCAAAAAAGUUCUCAAAAUUGUUGAACAACCUUAGUAACCUUCAGGCUGAUAUUGCCUUUAUACAAGAAACACAUGUUGGGACAGAUUGUUACCAAAUCUUGGAAGAAGUUCAAGACUGGAAAGUCUACUUCACUGUAUACAGCUCCUGCAGCAAAGGAGUUGCAAUACUGAUAAGAAACAACAUACCGUUUGAGUACAUAUGCCAUGAUGAGGAUUGUAGUGGAGGUUACAUUGUGCUGUUCUGUCGCCUGUAUGGUGAACUGUACACUCUUGUAAAUUUGUACAAUCAUAAGGCAGACAGAUUUUUCUUGGGUAGAUUGAAAGACUAUUUGAUGGAAACAGCUGAGGGUGUGCUAGUGGUUGGAGGUGAUUUCAACACAGUUUUGCAUCCCACCUUUGAUCGGAAAUCUUCAAGGUCUCAAGCAAGGCAUUCACCAUUCAGAGCUUUUUUAGAAGAGUUUACUGUUUCUCUGAAUCUCAGAGACACUUGGUCAUACCUACACUCUACUGAUGAGGCCUUUACACGACGUCAGAAUGACACUCGCUCCAGGAUAGAUAUGUUUUUCCUGCAGGAACACAAAAUGGGAAAGGUGUGUAAUAUUCAUGUAGCACGCAACAGUGAAAUACAGAUUGCUUCUGAUCAUUAUCCUCUUGUACUAGAACUCACAGUUCAGCACAGAACUGAAACAUACUGCCCAAAUGUUGCCUUAAAGUUGCCUCAGCCUUUUACAUACACACCUGACAGAAGACCAGGGAAGAUUAGUGGGGCAGAAAUACUGAGUGUCAUUAAGUCUUUCACUGACUUAGAAGAGCUCUCACUUGAUAGGGAAUCUGUGAAUUACUAUAAAACGUAUCGCUGUCAACUGACUGAGACCUUAAAAAAUGAAUACAGUUUAAUGAUAAAGAACAAAGAGGUAGGAGACAGAUGCAUCUCUAAUGUGAAGUAUUUGAUAUUCUCCCAAAUUUUGGCAAAGCGUGUCAGUGUGUCCAUUUCCCCGUCUUUCAAGGGAAUGAUAAAGACAAAUCUUGACACAUUUUUCAUUGUGAAAUUUGGGAAAGGCCCACAGAAAAUCAAGUGGUCUUUCCUUGAGAGAAAACUUGCAAACAUGCUACAAUCAGAGGUGAAGAAGCCAAAACAGAUCCCUUCUGCCACCCCUGGCCCCCUCCAACCAGAGUUCAGCUUUCUGGAUUGCCUUCUUCCUAAAGACCGAAAGUCUUCUGAACUCAGACUUUUGGAGCCUGGGUGUCCACUCACCAAUGCUAUCUUCAAUCUGGCUCUGAAUGAGCUAUUACACUUAGUUGUCACUAAUUUGUGUAAGGGCACUGUUUGCUAUCAAAGACAGGUUCUGUGCAUACAUACACCGUCAAUCACAUCUGAUUCCAGGCAAUUUUUUGUGAAUGUUUUCAAGGAAGCUUCAGGACUUAAAAUAAGGUUCAAAAGAAUUAAAAAACAUUGAGGACUCUGAGAUAUAAUUAUUAUUAUAUCUUUAUCCCUUACAUACAGACAAUGUUGUCUUAAAUUAAGCUAAUUCACAGAAUUAAUUCUAUUUUCAUUAUAUCUGUUAUACUAGUUGCAGUUAUUUGUUCCCAUAUUAUUAAUUUUGAUGGCUGACAUGAUUGCAAAUGUGCUCACAGCCAGUAAAGAAAGAUGGCAUUUGUUGACUUAUUACGAUUAAGGCUUAUUGUUUAUUUGAAUUAAGGCCUAUAGGUAAAGUUACUUUUUUAAUAAUGGGAAAAAACCUCAUAUAUGCAUAAUACACUGUGACACAUUUAUGUAUCUCCUUUUUGAUAUACACGCUAAUAACAUGGCCAAGAUAGGUUAUAUGUUUUCUUUAAAAGAUAACAAGAAACUGAUCAUAGUACUAAUAUCUUCUUAGAUUACUGUAAUGCUGUACUAAAUUACAAAAUGAAUGCAACAGCAGAUUUUUUUAACAGCUUGAUUUUUAUUGUAAUAGAGCCAGAGCUGGUUGGAUUUAUUAAAUAAAAUGGGGAAAAAAUUACUACUUAGUACAAAAUAUGAUUAACACCCAUAUUUGAGGUCUCAAUACAAACCAUUAAACAUAUGUCAAUGCAGAAACAAGACACUUGAGUAACUGUACACUCCUGGGCAAAAACAAACAAACAAAAAAGGCCAAGCCCAAAAUGGCAAAAUAUUAAGCUUUUAAUGGUCUUAACAACAAAUCGUUGGUCAAGAAGGCUAUAUAACUGAAUUUCCCUGUUUCUAGCUUUUCCCCAAACAGUUCACUGCAGCAAAAGUAAAUGAGCGAAUGGUGGCACAGGAGCUCUCAGGAGUGCAUUUGUGUAAUUCCUGCUACUUUUCUGACUAAUGAUUUUUCCAUUAAAACCUUAAUAUAUGCCAGUUUGGGCUUGGCCCUUUUUUUGUAUUAUUUUGAGGCAUUUAUAGUUUACAUUAGUAAUAUAAAAAUUGAAUACCUGUAUAAUACUGAACUAUAUUUGAGAAGAAAAAAGAUUUUUUCUUCUCAAACAUUUUUCAAACAUUUUUAUUAACACCUUUAAAGUACUCAUUACAAAUCUCAAAAGUCUCUUCUCUCAUCUAGUUAAUGAUUGUAUGCUAUAUGUCAGUAGGGUGGGUUUCCAUGCAUUUUAUUUACAUUUCAUUUUAACAAUAGAAAGAACAAUAAUUAAGUGUAAAUUGUUUGCGUUGUGAUUAGGAGAUUGUUCAAAUCCAGCUGGUGGCAAAGGUGGCCUUUUCUCUGUUUUGACAUGUUUCUAAAGGUUUUAAUCUAUCAGUGAAUAUGCAUAUCAAUUUCCUGUGCACAAAAUUAAUUGCAUAAACAUAUUGUGUGUUCAUCUAGGGCAACUUCUUGCAUUACACACAGUCAUAUGUAUAUUAGAUUGGGCAUUUCCAUACACUAAAUUAUAUUUAUGAAACACAAAUUAAUGUACAGACCUUUUAACAGUAGCUAAAGUUAACUCUUGCUAAAGUUGUUCAGUGAUUUAUGUGUAAUCUAUUACUAAACAUUUACAUCACAUAUUUACACUAGUUUCAAUUAUCUGUAUUUAUACUAUUGCUGUUUAUUGUUUUGCUGGUCAUCCUAAAUUUGCUGUUAUAUUCUAAAUUUAUAUAUUUCUGUAAAGCUGCUUUGUGACAUUGUACAUUGUUAAAAUUGCUAUACAAAUAAAAUUGAAC